AUGGCGACACAGCCGAGCGAUAGCACAGAAUUUCCUUCUGAAAUAAUCCAGAAAUCACUGGCUCUGAUAGGUCUAUCGGGUCUCGAUACCGUUAACAACGCUAUCCACAAAGCGAUAUGGGACGCCUUUUCCAACAAUCGUCGACCUGAUAGAGCCUCGGUGAAGUUUAAAUUACUAAACAACACUUUCGAGUAUCCUGUCGUGAAGCCGAAACGAAACUCCUACGAAUGGUACAUACCGAAGGGAAUUUUAAAAAAGAAUUGGAUACAUAAACGCAUAUCGCUCAUUCCUGCGGUUAUUGUAAUAUUUUAUGACAUGGAAUGGAAUGAUCCCCAGUGUAAUGAGAAAAUUAUCGAAUGCGCUUCAAGGGUUCAGUCGAUACGUGCAGCAGUGGAGGGCCAUGCGACGCGAGUGGCUGUGGUUAUAGUGCAGAGCGGGCUGUCUCCUCCACCUUCAGAGUAUAUGCUCGGUGCUGAAAGAGCCCAAACUCUAUGCUCAGCAUGUGAUAUACAGUCUAAAUCACUGUUUGUUUUGCCGCACAGUGAUCACCUCAUGGGGUACAUAAUACGAUUAGAAAAUGACUUUUACCAUAUUGCCCAAAAUUAUUAUCACCACGAGACGAAAAACAUUAAGCAGCACAGAGACCACCUUAACAAGACUACACAUCAGUAUUUGUUCGUUCGUCAUCAGUUUAAACUAGGGUUUUUAAAUGAAAUGAAACAGGAUUUCAGUACAGCACACAAACAUUAUAUGCAUGCAUAUAACAACCUCUUGGAAACCAGACAAGUAGAUACUAAUAUUCAUGAGAUUAGAACAGUAGCUGGGUAUGUCAAUUACAAAUUAUGUAAACUUCUCUUUGCUUUAAAUCUACCUAGAGAUGCUAUAGCCCAGCUCAAAAAUCACAUAGAAAGAUAUAAAAAUAGAAUUGGCCCCACAGAACUUUUAUUUGAACACUAUGCAUGGAUAGCGAGACAAUAUAGUGCCUUUGGUGAACUAUUUGAUGAAGCAAUCAGAGCAGGUCUACCAGCAAUACAAUCUCAGCAUCCUGGUUUUUACUACCAAUAUGCUGCUCAAUUUACUGUGAAAAGGAGACAGGCUAUGCGAUCAGUCUGCUGCGAGGCAUUGCAGUAUCCUCCUCCUCCUGAUCCUAUGGAGGGCAUUGUAGAGUAUUACGGUCAGAGGCCAUGGAGACCUGGGCGGCUCAGUGCUGAUCCACAUGAUCCCCAAAAAGAACAUGCAGCAGUACUAGCUCUUCAAUACAAUGAGAGGACAUUUAAUCAUUCCUCAAUUAUCAUCAGUUUUCUAGGAUGUGCUAUAUCACAAUUUAAAACAUUUCAUUCACCUCGAAUGCGGAAGCAGCUGGUAGUGGAAAUGGCUAAUGAAUAUUACUAUUGUGCUGACUAUGGCAAAGCUCUAACUCUACUGACUCAUAUGCUGUGGGAUUACAGAAGAGAAAAGUGGUGGUUCCUUGCUUCUCAUGUCCUCAAUAGAGCGUUACAAUGCGCCUACCUAUCUGCAAAAAUACAGGAUUACAUUCAGCUCUCUGUUGAAGCUCUUUCAAAGGAUAUACAGGUACCAAAUAAUGAUAAAAGUCGUAUAUUCCACAAUAUCAUGGCAGUUUUAAGCUGUGCCAUACCUGCUCAGGAACCUGAUAUACCUGCAACAUCACUAGGCAAGGCUCUCGAACUAUGGCAAAAUGUAAUUGAAAAGGACCCGUUCCUUAUAAGUAUUGAUAUGGUAAACAUUUCUAGUUUCUUGGAAAUCAAAGCUAAAUUUCAGCAAUCUAAAUAUAGAAUUGAUGAAGCUAUACAAGUUGAAGUGUAUGUCAGAUUGACAUACAAAGUCUUCCUGCAAAUCAAAGAAGCGAUCCUUACAAUAUCAAGUAACACAGAGACUAUUGAAAUACCAAUAACGAAAGAUGGUAGCUCAAAAUUCAGUCUUGAAGAUGGUACAGUUUAUAAAUUUUUGUGUCAAUUUAAAUCAAUUCCAAAAGACAGUGGCUCUGAAUUACACAUUAAAAAUGUCUCUUUUAUACUUGAUGCAGACAAGAAAAGAAAGAUUGUGAUGAAUUAUAAAAUAGAAGAAAACAAGUUGGCGAAUUCUUUUAUCCACCCUGAAUUAUUACAUUUCAUAAAUAGUCCAAAGACAGAUUAUGAAUUUGAUUGCAUAUUGCCUUUGACCUCCACUGUAAUUGUGUCCAGAGAGUGCAGACUAUCCAUGACUAUUGUGAACAAUGUCCCAGCCCUUCAAGGUGAAUGGUUUCCAACCACAUUCACAAUAACCAAUGAUGAGGAUUGCCCAGUGUCUAGGGUGAUUAUUACGUUGACCUUAAUCAGCUCACCAGAUAACCCCAGCCCCGAAUCUGUAACAGAACUGAGUCUCAAAGAAGGAGAACCCCAGACACAGCCUUUAAAAAUUCAAGUGGCCCAAGUGGACAAGUUAUGUAGCUACUCUGACACUUUUUAUCUUAAAACAAAUAAAACUGCAUCAACUACUGUUCAAAUUAAAGUGUCCUAUUUAAUACAACUCAAUGAAACCCAAACCCUAGAAUGCAUAAAGGACUUUACUACAAAAGUCACCAUAAUUAAACCUUUCGAAGUGACUGCUAAUUUCCUAGAUUUAAAUUUUAAGCAGAUUACAAAGUGUUUUGUAGAAGAUCCAUUCAUUGUUAUACCACAAAUAAAAAUCCUAAGCCAGUGGCCAUUACAAGUAUAUGACACAAAUUUAGAAGUGGUUGACUGCUUUCAAACCUUUGACAGUGAAACUGAAUCGUGCAUAAAAAAGCUAGAUGUCUCUGAAAGAGAUGUAGCAUCUGAUGCCAUUUGUGUACAAGCUAAAUACAAACCCAAGGAAGCACUGCCAAGAAUUGGCCUAUACAAUAUUAAAUGGAAAAGAAAGGAUAGUGUGGAGGCUCUUUGUGUAAUGAGCAGCACACCGAUACCUGCGCUCACUAUAGAUGACUGUCCCAUAUCUGUGGAAGUGAGUUAUCCUGAAGUGGUGGAGUUACAGACGAGUGUACCGUUUACAUGCAUCUUAAGAGGAAAGACCAAUAUUCCCAUACGCUUGGGCCUCACAGUUGAAGGAACAGAUUCAUACAUGUUUUCAGGAUAUAAAAAGUUUUCAAUCACAAUACCUCCGAAUGAAAGCAUAGAACUCAGCUACAAUAUACAUCCUCUAGUUGCUGGCAACACAAGGCCUCCACGCUUAAAAGCUACAAUAUUAGGAGAUUCAUUUAGACAAGAAGUAGUUACAGAAAUAUUUGAAAAGAACUUUCCACAGUAUAUAUUUGUUAUGCCUAAGUACAAUAAAUGA